AUGCUGCCCGCGUUCUGCCUCGAAGAAUCAAUUGUUUUUGAUACCCCAAAACGAUCCUUUCUUUCCCUUGUCUUUGUGAAGGCAUUGAUUAUAUAUUACGUAAUAUACCUCACACGUGAUAACUUUGUUGACGUGAUCCAUUUAAACUUCCUUGGCGCAUCCACUCGCCCAGCUCUGGCGGGUAACAAAGACAGCAACCUCGACAAGCACACUCUCACCACCGCCUCUUUGCUCUCUUUUGGCUGUACUAGCCAGCCAGGAGAAGAAGAAGAAGAACACAGGCCACUAUUAUAUUUUACUAAAGUCUUGCUAGAGGAGCAGAGGAGGACUGGCCACCAUGGUCCCCAAGGCUCUUGUUCCUUUCCUCGUCACUAUGAUGUUGGUGACGGGGGUUUGCAAUACCCUCCUCACCAAGUAUCAGCAAACGGGUUGCCUUUGAGCAGCCGGUUCUCCAGACGUACGCUCUUCCCUUGCUAUACCUACGAUGACUUUGUCGAGGACGCUCCGUUCAUGACUGACUAUGAGAACAGACUGCAGAUGUUCGUGGGAGAAAUGGGAUGCUGGCUUGUCCUUUUCUGCAUCGACAUCUGGAAGGGCUUCAUCGCACCUCGAUUCUCCUCCGCCGCACCACUAUUUACAGACGGAUACCAGUCCAUCGAUAACGCCGACGAGGCCGAUGACGAGCCUGGUGACAUACAUAAAGCUGAGGAAGAUACCAGAACACAACUGAGUGGAACGAAGGUCUUGCUUCUUGCUCUACCAGCUUGCUGUGACAUCACCGGCACCACCCUGAUGAAUGUCGGUCUUCUAUUCGUCGUUGCUAGUAUCUACCAGAUGACUCGUGGUGCCCUCGUGUUGUUCGUCGGCUUGUUCAGCGUCGUCUUCCUCAAACGAAGACUAUAUUUCUACCAAUGGUUCGCACUGGUCUGCGUCGUUCUUGGUGUGGCUCUAGUUGGCCUGGCUGGUGCCAUUUUCCCUGACCAUCAUAAACCCCCGGUGGACAUCGUGCCCGGCGACGCUGACGCAGUUGCAGCUUUGAUCAGACGGGCCAGUGAAAUUAUUACAUCGGCUGAAAAGCACGUCGACCCUCUCCGGGUCGUUUUAGGCGUUUUCUUGAUUGCUUUUGCUCAAAUAUUUACUGCCUCGCAGUUCGUGUUGGAGGAAUGGAUCCUUGAGAAAUAUGCCAUGGACCCAUUGAAGGUUGUUGGCUGGGAAGGAAUCUUUGGAUUCCUGGUUACUGCUUUGGCAAUGGUCAUUUUGCACUUUACCGUUGGUGUUACUGAGAGUGGCAGGCUUGGAUACUUUGACGCUGUCGAGGGGUGGAGGAGCAUGACUGGCAACAAGACUGUUGCUAUAACCAGCAUCCUCAUUAUGAUCAGCAUCGGGGGCUUCAACUUCUUCGGUCUCAGUGUCACACGUUCCCUAUCUGCAACUUCACGAAGCACUAUCGACACAUCCAGAACUCUUUUCAUCUGGCUUGUGUCCCUCGGUCUCGGCUGGGAGACUUUCAAGUGGCUACAGGUCCUUGGUUUUGCCAUGCUUGUCUAUGGAACUUUCCUUUUCAACGAUAUCAUUACACCACCAUUAAAGGCUUGUCUACCUUCUCGUGAUGAAGAGACCCGCGAGCCACUUCUCCCCGAAGAGCCAAUCGAACAUAUAUAA